AAAUGUAGAUGUUGGGGGUACUUUAUAAGUUGAUUUUGUUCAUAUUAUACCGUAACUGUUUAUAACAGAGUAAACCCCGUACAUAUCUCAGUACAAUUUGUGAUUAUCAUAGGAAAAACCAAGUUUGGAGGCCUAGAUUCCCUCAAAUGCAAGUGGCAUACAUGAAGCCAUGAAAUGCGGAGAAAAGUUCGGUUUGAUCAUUAAAGUCAAAACUUGAACACAAAUCAAGUGUUCCUCUUCUUUCAUGUUGCACUUUUUCCACUAUAAAAUGGAGUGAACCUCCCUUCAUUGUACUUGCAAACUAAAACCAUUCACCCUCUUUCUUUUCUUUGUGAAAAUGGCUGUAACAUUCAUGUCUACACUUCUUCUUGCUUUGCUGUUUGCUGCUGCAGGUUUUGCUUUUGCUCAACCCAGGGUUGCUGAAGUUUACCUCCAAAAUGGCAAUUUUGAGGAGAAGCCAGACCCUAGAAACGUCAAGAAAACAAGACUCAUUGGGAAAUAUGCCCUGCCUAAAUGGGAGAUCAAUGGACUGGUUGAGUACAUCACUGGGGGACCCCAGCCUGGGGGCAUGUACUUCCCAGUUUCUCAUGGAACAUAUGCUGUGAGGCUUGGAAAUGAAGCCUCAAUCUCCCAAACCAUCAAGGUCAAACCUGGUCAGUGGUAUGCUCUGAUAAUAGGAGCCUCAAGGACUUGUGCUCAAGAUGAAGUUUUGAGGAUCUCGGUGCCUUGGCAGACAGGAGAUAUUCCUUUGCAGACACUUUAUAGCCUCAAUGGUGAUGUUAUUGCUUGGGGAUUCAAGGCCUCUUCUUCUGUUAUCAAAGUGACCUUCCACAAUCCUGGAGUUCAAGAAGACCCUACUUGUGGUCCACUCUUGGAUGCAGUUGCUAUCAGAGAGUUUUACCGUCCUAUGGCUACAAGAGCUAAUUUGGUGAAAAAUCCUGGCUUUGAGGAGGGUCCAUUCCCUAUUUUCAACUCCACAAAUGGUGUUCUUCUCCCUCCUAGGCAAAAUGAUCUUGUGUCUCCCCUCCCUGGUUGGAUCAUUGAAUCCCUCAAAGCAGUGAAGUUCAUUGACUCCAAGCAUUUCAAUGUCCCAUUUGGAAAUGGAGCAAUCGAGCUUGUUGCAGGCAGGGAAAGUGCCAUUGCACAAAUCCUCAGAACAGUCCCCAACAAAGUCUACAACAUGAGAUUCACAAUUGGAGACGCCAGAAAUGGCUGUCAUGGAUCAAUGAUGGUUGAAGCAUUUGCUGCAAGAGAUACCCUCAAAGUUCCCUUCAAAUCUGAAGGAAAGGGCAAGUUCAAAACUGCAAGUUUCAGGUUCAAAGCAAUUGAAAGCAGAACCAGAAUCACAUUCUACAGUGCUUUCUACCAUACAAGGGUUCAUGACUAUGGAUCUCUUUGUGGACCUGUUCUGGAUCAAGUUAUAGUGUCCCCUGUUGCCUAAACACUAGUUCUGGGAUACCUAGCAAUUGAGAUAUUUGCACUAUAUAGUUUGCAUGAAGAUGUAUAAUACUCUUCUCUUCUAUUAAAAAAUAUGUUUGGAUCAGUUUCCUCUCCUCAGAAUCAAUUAUGAGACUUACAGAAGUUUCUCCACAAAAUUGAUUCUGACUUUAGAAUCAACUGUAGAAGGAUUUCUCAUCAUGCACUCAGUGUUCUGACUGAAUUUAUCUUUUCAUUUUCUUCUGGUAUACAUGUGGCCACCAAUUUAUAUAUAUGUUCAUCACAAACUUCGAUAAGAUGAUAUUUGAGUUUGGACUUGCUCAAAGAGGAUGCUUGCAUGUGACCAAUUACAUAGCAAAUUUCUUUUGA